AUGGAGAACAGGACAGAGGUGACAGAGUUCCUGCUGCUGGGACUGACCUCUGACCCGCACCUGCAGCUUCCCCUCUUCAUCACCUUCCUCCUCAUCUACACCAUCACUGUGGCUGGGAACCUGGGGAUGAUCCUGCUCAUCCUCCUGGACUCCCGUCUGCACAGCCCCAUGUACUUUUUCCUGGCAAACCUGUCCUUGGUGGAUUUUUGUUCCUCCUCAGUUGUCACUCCCACAGUCAUAACUGGGCUACUUACAGGAAACAGGGUCAUUUCCUACAAUGCCUGUGCUGCUCAGAUGUUCCUGUUUGCAACCCUCAUUUGUGUGGAAAGCUAUCUGUUUACUGCAAUGGCCUAUGACCGCUAUGUCGCAGUGUGCAAACCCCUGCAUUACACCACCACCAUGACCACAACUGUGUGUGUAGGGCUCAUCCUAGGCUGCUAUACCUGCUCACUCCUGAAUGCCUGCAUCCAAAUUGGCAACAUAUUCAGCCUCUCCUUUUGUAGCUCCAAUGUGGUGCACCACUUUUUCUGUGAUGGUCCACCAGUCAUGGCCUUAUCCUGUUCUGACAAGCACAUUACUGAACUGAUUCUUGUCUACCUUGUGAGCUUUCAUAUCUUUUUUGCCAUCUCGGUUAUCUCAGCUUCUUACAUCCUCAUUUUUAUCACCAUUCUAAGGAUGCACUCAGAUGCAGGACAUCGCAAGGCUCUGUCCACCUGUGCCUCCCACUUCACUGCUGUCUCCAUCUUCUACGGGACUUCGAUGUUCAUGUACCUGCAGCCCACAUCCAGUCACUCCAUGGACACUGAUAAAAUCUCCUCUGUGUUCUACACCAUGGUCAUCCCCAUGCUGAACCCCCUGGUCUACAGCCUGAGAAACAAGGAGGUCAAGAGUGCCUUCUUAAAAAUUCUGAAUAAAUAUUUGUUGAAUCUUUAUUUUGGGUUUAUGAAAAUUUUUGAGACAGUGCAGAAUGCUCCCAUGUGUCCCAGUAAUGAGGGCAACGGUGGCCCUCAAAUGACCAAAGUCCUCAAUCUGAACACUUCAGAAUUACUCACAUGCUGCUUAACUGCUUCUUCCCUAGGACGCAGGAAUGAGAAACUGACCUAUUCUCAGGAGAAAUCUCCAGAGAGCACAGCAUCUCCAUAUUUGUCUCCAGAUCUCCAGGUAGAAGCCUCUGGGAUCCAGAUAAGGCUCAAGGUGACAGCAGUUCAGAAGGGACCCUUUGGCUUGCCUUUGGGACAUCACUGA